UUUGUGUGAACAUCGGUUUCAUUUUUUUUUUCUGAUAGCGGAUGCUCCACAAACGUGCACAAAAAAAUGACAAAAUGAGAAUUUUCAUUUGUAUAUGAUAGUUUUUAUUCCACACUGUGAUCAUCGGUAUCGAGAGGCAUUAUUGGCACGUUCCAAAUCAAAGCGUUAUACCAAAUCGAGGACUGACAGGCCCGGAAACUUUCGAGUCGAGUGUCGAGCUGAGCGAGUUCUUUUCAUUUCCGGACUCAUGGUAUUCGGAGGAUGGCAUUAAGCUGGUUGUUUUAAUCGACGAGCACUGAAUAGUGGAAAAAUAAUAUAAUAACUCGUUCGUCGAACGAGUCCACUAAAGUGAACUUUCCUGAUGGCACACGCGAUCCAUCAAUGUGCUUGAGAUUUUUCGAUAUUCCCCAAUUCAAUGAUUGAACCGACAAAAAUGAGGCACGGCUCGUCCGAACAUUGCCUAAAAUAUACUUUUUCGUGAAAAAUCGAUCUACAUAAAAGUGCAGAGGCGUCACCAUCGUGAGCGUCCCGGGGAACUCUCGCAUGAAGGUAAUUAUAGCGUAUCGUUCGGAGACUUUCGCAGAUGGGAUAACUAAACAGCGUCGGUGCAACGUUGGUUAGUGUGUAGCGAGCGUUUAAAAUCAAAUUGGUCGAAAUUAGCAAAGAGAUCUCACUGGCUGGUGUUGCUUUGGUGCUCUUACCACCGUUCGAGGGGUGUUUCUCGUGCCGAACCGACCGGUUAAUUACUUAACAAAGCAAUUACGAGGGCCUUCGUCGAAUUAUAUAGCGUCAAGAUCGAUUCCAUUAACACUCGAGAAGAUACGAAAGUCGAUGUGGGUCAUUGAAAGCUUGAGAGACGACGUAAAGAUCGAGAAAUUCUAGACUAUAAAAGCGAGCCAAGGGUAAGGAAGUUGCGUUCAGUGUACCAAAACGAGUUGGUUCCGCAGCUACGGUCGCUCUAGUCGUCGUCGUCGUCGUCGUCUCGUGAACGUCCUCCAAUCAACGAGUAUAAAAAGGAUGUCGCUGAGCGACGAGUUUGUCAGUUCCAUCAAGGAUAAGGACAUGUCAACUUCGAAGAACAGUUCGAAUCUUCGUCUAAAUCAAGAAGGAAGUAUGAUCGGUGGUGGGAAUGGUGGUGUGGGCAGUGGUAGUGGUGGCAUUGUGGAUCGGAACGAUUGUUGGCAGGAUCACGAAACCGAUUCGGAAAUAAGCGAAAAUGAAUUUCUCACCAAAGGAGCUUUUCUACUCACGCCGAGCCAUGAACUCAGCAUGGAAAAAGCAGCAACGAUAUGCGAAAAGAUGAACUUCAGGGGCGCUUUUUCACUGACGAAAACAUCGACCGGAAUACUCUUCAAGUUCAGCAAUAUCGACGACUUCCAAGCCGUAUAUAAAAAGGGAUUUCACAAAGUGACUGGUGCACGAUUUUAUAAAAAAAUUGCGAUACCCUGCAGACCCGCUAAAACAUUUACCGUUUACGUGCUUGACGUACCGGAGGAACUGCCUGAAGACGAUGUGAGACACGCGCUAUACAAAUAUCGGUCGAUCGUCGAAGUUACGAGAUUGCCACUCAAUACUGGCACGGUCUUAAAAGCUAUAAACGACAAGCUCAAAAGCGAGAGCCAAAAUUCUAAUGAGCCAGCCACCAUUUACACCGGACCACCAAUUAUCAGAGUAACGUUGGCCAGCGUCGAAGAAACCUCGAUGCUUCUCAGUCGAGGACUCGACUUUUACGGCGCUACGUAUUUCCCUACCGAAACUCCCCAUUUGACGAAUCAGUCUCUGUCGAAAUACAAAAAUAACAGGUGGGCAGAGCUGGCUUCGAUCGGCGCCGGUCAACGUGUCAGAGAUCUGCUUCCGGUCUUCGAUAAUGCGGGCUUCACAAAAUUACCACCACCAACGAGCCGCGUCAUAAAACCCCAAAGAAACUAACGGGAGCGAGUUCAACACAGUCAAACCGCAAAUGGGGUUGGAAGAGACAAAAAGUAGGAGACGGCGAAGGGGACCAUUGAAAGGGUUACAAUGACGAGGAGGGAGAGCGGGGUAAAAGCGAUUUGUAGAGAGAGCUAUUAAGGCAAGUCGUUCACUUUCAACGAGCUUCGGCUCUCUUCCUCUUUCUCUUCUUGUCUCUCUCUCUCUCUCUUUCGUUAUCGGUUUAACCGACCUCAAAGAUGGAACGCAAGGAAUCCUCGCGACUCGUUUAACUGUUCCUGACGAGUUGCAAAUAAUUACCGAUUGCCAAAAUGAAAAAUUACUAGAAUGACGAAUAAGCUAUUACAUUUUAUAUAUUUAUAUUUAUAUGAAAUUCUGUAAUAUAAUAUCACAUAUAUACCUCGUAAAAAAAUACUAAUUUAUAUUGUUUUAAUGAAUGCAUCGGCUUUUUCAUAAUUCUAGAGUGGGUUGGCAUCUGGAAAUUGUCUCAAGGUUCCUACUCGUGCAUUAUUUUAUUGCAGCAUCCAUUUGUAAGAUUUCAAAUAGUUUCCAUGCUCUGCACUCUCCAGAUCUAAACGUGAAUUAUAAUAUUUAUGUUGAGACAAACGUGUUAAAGAAAGCUCAAUGUCUUUACAAAAGCUCAACACACACAUACACACACUGUCCCUCGUUUAUUGUGUUUGUCCCUUUUCUUGCCCCUCGACCAGCGAAUUUCCAUUGCCCAAUCCACUUUUUAGAUGGAAAACAAAUAUUUUUUUUUUAUAAAUAAUGAAACUGAAAACGAAGAUAACAUGAAACAAAAGAAAAUACAAAUGAUUCUAUACAA